ACAUCGAAUCUAACUGCCACAAAAAAAGUGUUUUGUUAGUUACGGUGUCAUACCUCAAGUAAUUACUUUUUCUACCAUACAUUAAUUUUUUUAAAGUAACUUUUGGGGUUGUUUUCUGUAGAUCAAUGGUUUGCGGUCUUUGUCCAUGACCAGUCUGAGUUGUUGUCCUGAUUCUUUCUUUCAGACGUAGCCUAAAAUAGUUUUUUUUAAAUGAAGAAAUGCGCAUUUUUCGUCUAUUUUCUUCCUUUGCACCCGGGAAUUAUCCAAAAUGAACGACCACGACACGAUUACUGAAUGCUCAAAUGAUGUCUUUGUUCACUUUGCAGAAUCUCUGCACAUAUUUACAGGAUUAUUGACAGUUGCCACUGUAUGCGGGGUUUUUUCUGGAAUAAUAGCUGCAGCCCUUCUGUAUGUGUUUUGCCUGAAGCCUAUGCUUCUAACUCGACAAGUAAGUUUGUAAAGGUGUUUAUUAUAGGUUUGUAUUAGUUUGUGUUAUAACUCGUUGGUUGGAUAGCCAAAUAGCCUAGCCUACUGCAUUGGCAAUAAUUUUACAUUUUAGUAGACGCUCUUAUCCAGAGCGACUUACAGUUAGUGAGUGCAUACAUUUUCAUACUGGCCCCCCGUGGGAAUCGAACCGACAACCCUGGCGUUGCAAACGCCAUGCUCUACCAACUGAGCUACACGGGACUAUAAUAACAGCAAUAAUCAAUAACACUGCAGUCAUAAGCUCACUAUUUGGCAAGCAUCAGCAUAACAUUAACACUAUUUAUAACUGUUUAAUAACUGAAGUCUGUAGUCCUUUUGAAUAAACCCAGUUCAAAAUGAUCCCAUUCAAAAGGACUAGCUGUCUUCCAUUCCUUUCCACCAGGGCUAUGAUGCCAGAAGACUGUUUGAGGGAGACGACCAGGAUAGGGAGAACAACCAAAGUGACUGUGUCAGCAACAGCAAGAAGGGUGUCCAAAGUGCCACUACCAAUGAAAAAGUAAAUAUUAUGUAUUUUAGUUAUAGAUAUGGAAUAUUUGAGCACUAUAAAUAUGCUUUAGUGUGAUAGAUAUAUUGCAAGGUAGAUACACUUCGAAAAAAUAGUUCCAAAAGUGUUCUUCGGCUGUCCCCAAGUAUAACCCUUUUUGGUUCCAGUUAGAACUCUUUUGGGUUCCAUGUAGAACCCUCUGGGGAAAGGGUUCUACCAGGAACCAAAAAGGGUUAUCAUAUGGGGACAGCCGAAUAACUCUUUUAGGUUCUAGAUAGCACCUUUUUUCUAAGAGUGUACAGUAUGUGUAAAGAAAAGCUGAGUUGGCUUUCAUUAACAUUCACCCAACUUCAUUAACAUUUUCCCUAAAAAUUCACUGUGUUUAUUCAUUUACCAGGAAAAGAAGCAGCCACCCGUGAACAGCGAUGUGGCUGCUUUUGCAUCACGGGCAAAGGUGGUGUACCCCAUCAACCAGAAAUACAGAGUAAGAUCAUCUAUCUGUUUAUAUUACAGCCUUCAUACCACAUGUAACCAAAUCUAUCCAAAUUGGAACACUAAUUGCAAUGUAAUUUUGCCUUUAUUCUGAGAGGAUGGGAUAGGGUUAAAGGGAUAGUAAAGCACAAAUACAUAUUUAGAUAUUUGUUCUGUACCCUUUAAAAGCAGUCUAUGGCUGAACUAUCCCUUUAAAGAUCGAAUCUGCAUUAACAGUGCCACUGUUCGCACCAAAGCCUUUGUUAUUGUGUUUGUUUUAUUGACGAAACAGAGGUGAGCGUCCAGCAGUGUGUUAAAAAAAUGUGCACUACAUAUUCUGCAGAUAUAUCGUGCAUGCAAUGAUGUCCAAGGGGGAAAAAAACAUGUUUGUUGUUUGCAGUAACAUCUUUGUUGUAAUACCCCAAAUGGACGUGGCAGUUUCACCAUUAAGGACUCCAGCUUUAAAGACCACAUUUUAGGUAUAGAAACAUCUAGCAAACUUUGACUUUGAGGUGAACUGUCCCUUUAACGUUACAUCCCAACGUCAGCCCUUAGCGGAUGGAGCCUCCAACCCCUCACUGCAUGAGCACUCCAAGCUGCCUGUCCUCCCCAAUGGAGAGUCCUCGUCGGGCUCCAGCGGGGAUUCACUGAGCCAGGACCAGGACAACGACGACAGCAGCCAGUACAUCUCCUCCUCACUGGUCCCCAAGAGUAUGCAGAACGAGAGCUUCACCAGGGUGGCCCUCUACCCCCACACACUCUCUCAAACAGGGUGAGCUGAUGGGGAACAUAUAUUUCAGUUAAUUAAAGUGCUUGCUUCACCAGGAACACUACUAUUAUUUGGCAGUGUAUGAGGAUGUCAUAUUGCUGAGUCUCCCUUUACCGUUCUGUACUGUAAAUGCUUAUUUUCUAAUGUAAUUUUGUUACCACUGUAGUUUUGAGGGCAGGAUCAGCCUGUACUGUCUGGCCCUGCAGGACGUGCAGAUACACUGUUCACAGGUCCUGGAAGAGAAAUGUGUGGUGGGUGACCUCUUUCUUUCAUCACACAGUAGCAAACAAUUAGGUAACACUUUCUAUGAGCCAAUUAAUGCAUUAUGAAUGCACUUAUAGUGCCUAUUAUCUCCUUAUAUUGCAUUAUAAGACUUGUUUUUAAGUGCAUUUCCAUUGAUAAUAUGACAACAGUACUAGUUUGCUAAAAUGUUGUGUAAAAUGUUGGUGGGUCCAAAUCUCAAGAAGAUAUCUCCCUUACCUCUCCCAUUUCCUUGUUGUAGCUCUUUCUCCAAAUUCUCAGAAUUAUACUCAGUGGUCGUUUUCCCAAGGAUAAAAAGGAUUCAGGUUUUUACACCAAUGUUCUUCUCCUGCAAGAAAAGGUACAAUCUUAAUCCAAAUCUUAGCAUGAGAUGUGCAUGCGUAACAUGAUUUCUCACAAACCUGCUUUUAAAUUCUGAAGUAAGGAUUCUGAUCUUUAUUGAUUUUCUCAUCUCUUUGUAGGAACUGGGUUUAUUAAAGAAAGAACUGUCAGCCAGCCUGUUUGCCUGUGAAAGAAACAAAGAUUUAAGUUCAGAUCCUUGUACCCUGGAGGAGAUCGAAAGAACUCAGAAAGAUCUACUGGAGCAGGCGCUUCAAAUGGUAACCAAGUCAACUAGAUCAAAGCACGACCAAAUCUUUGAACCGCAUAGUGUGUAAUUCACAUUAUACCAAUUGAACCACCAACAUGGAACCACAUUGUCUGCUCUAGCAAAGUAAAAUAUUAUUUCACUGACAAUGCAAUUGCCAGUUUGAUGACAAAAAUCUUGGAAGUUUAUGGAGGAACAUUUUCUUUAAAAACUUGGAAGUUUGUGGGCAAACUUUAUGUAUGUCUAUCUCCACAGACCAAGGGCUUUAGCAAGCAGGUGGAGGCCUUCUGCCAGAGCCUCCUUGGCAGGUCCAGUGUUCUUCCCAGAGAAGAGGCCCAGGAUGUCAUCCACACCCUUAUCCACUGUCUCCUAUUGGUUGAAAACCAGCUAACUGAGACUCAGGCCGCAGACAUGAAGGUGAGAUAUAAGAACAAUAAACAUUUAAAGAUACAGGCCAUAGAAGUUGUUUUUGACAUAAAAGUAAGGCAUUUUCAGAACUGCAUUUGCACCGAAAGCUUUGUACCUUUAAUGAGGUUGCAUGCAUGGCCACUGUUCUACAUGGAUGCAUUACAUGUAAAAAAAAAAAACUACAAAAAAAAAACUACAACAACAACACAGAAAAUACGUAAAAAUGUAACACACAUAAAACAAUUAUAGUAGGAUUUCUUGUCAUACUUCUUACACUUAUCUAGUCUUCAUGGCCUAUAGGGUCUAUUUAUUGAUGAGGGCCUGCAUCCAUCUCUCUUUCCCCUGGCUCUCUCCCAGAGGACCCAGGAGAAGCUGUUGUGGUGGGAGGAACUGAGGGUUGUGCUGCAGGCCAAGCCGGCCCUGCUCCGGCAGGAGGCGUCCCUCAGACAGGACCUGGUGGCCCGAAGCCUGGAGCAGCUGACCAGUGACGGCCACCUGACCUUCGCCACCAUGGAGAAGACCCUGGCCGAGCUGCAGGCAGCCCUGACCGAGGGGCUGCAGCACUGCAGCGAAGGUGAGUGAUGCUGCAGACGCACAUGCAUGCACGCACGAGCAUGGACAUACACAGAUGCAUGCCCACACACAUGCACCCAUGCACCUACGCACACACACACACCACCUACAUUCUUUGAUAAUCUAUAAGUAGUGUUCCCUUAUAUUCAUAAAUCGUUACCGCCACUUAAUAAAAUAUAAUACAAAAUAAAUAAUAUUUAUAUAAUUUUUAGUAAAACGUUUUCAGUAUAAACUUAAAUGACUAAAACCAGAUAUAAAGUAUGUAGUAAAGGUAAUAGAGUUAUAUAUUUUUAAAUAAGAUCAUCUUUGAGAACUAACAAUCACCAAAAUAAAAACUAGACAGUCAGGGAGAAUCUAAAAUGUCAAAUAUGUCAUGGAAUGGGGCCCCCAUUGAUUUUGUUAUAAUAUUUGAGUCACCCAGAUAGCAUAAGAACACGACAUAAGCUAGUUGCAAAAUGUGUAGAAUUGAAGGGAAUUAGCUUUAAAACUGCACAUUUUCUCUCAGCCCCAUGGCAAAAUGUGUAGAAUUGCAGGAAACUAGAUUUAAACUGUAACAUUUUCUCUACGCCCCAAGUCAAAAUGUGUAGAAUUGCAGGAAGUUUGCUUUAAAACAGCAAAAUGUUGUCUCUGCGGCCAAUACGAGGGCCAGAGAUCGCGCCAUUGGCCUGACAUACAUUAUUGUUGCCGCGCGCCACCAACUCCAAGUAGCCAACCGUUGAAGCGAAGAAUCUGGUGUGUGUUCAACAAAAGAGUGACCUCAAUGAAUUCAAUAUCAGGUAAAAACAUAGACAUUAGGAGUGAGUUCUUAAAUUUGCCCCCAGUGCGUUCUGGGACGUUCUUAAAUUAAGAGCAUUGUAAGAGCAUUCAGAGCGUUUCUCUUUCGGGGCGAGGAGUAGGGUUGAUCCAAGCUUUCUGACCUCACAACGACAGUCAAGCUAACUAGCUAAUGUUGGUUAGCUUGCUAGCUACUUCCAGACACAAAUGAGAGAACACCUCACUCUGACCAUUUUACUAACAGAGCUGGUUAUACUGUUUUCAUGUUAUCUAGAGGGUUAAUGACUGGACUGGCAACAAUUAAAUUUAGUUUUUUAUCCGAUGUUUACUGACACCUGUCAUAACAACCGGGUGCUAGGUCUCAAACCAGAGUGCUCUGAUAUCGGAGUAGAUUGCCAGGGUGAAUUUACAAAUGCAACCUAGAUUAACGUUCUAAUUUAUGUGAAAUCAUUACCCAGAGGGCAAAAUUUGGCACAUGACGUCUUUGUAACCAGUUGUGCCCACUGGGCAGUUGUGUAAUUCUCUAGUACCCUACUGAACUUCCCUCCUGAGGAAUAUGGUGGUAAUCUUUCAGUAUUAUGUGGCCUAGUUCCUCAUCUUAAAUUAACUGGCUUCUUAAAAUGUUCAGUGCCCCUUCUCCAUUGCUAAAAAGAGUGUCAAUCAAACAAAUGAAUAGUGAUUAUUCUUUGAGUGCGCUGUUAUAACCAAUGCAAACCACACUGUAGUGACAAUAAAAUAUAAUUGUAUGGUUAUACCAUUUUGAUAUAAGUAUAUUGUGUAGUAAUGUAGUUUACUACACAACUCUAAAUGAUAUGUGCGGAAUGAUACACAGAAUAAUGAAGUGAAUUGUGUUAAAAGGAAACUGGUCAAAUUAUGUGCCAAAUCAGCAACUUAGUGUAGUAACAUUGUAAUUUACAUAUAAUGAUGUCAAUAAAUCAAAACUACAUGUAAUGAAAUUUUUUUAUACAGAAUGCAGGCUAAAGACCAAGGAGCUUGUGUAUGAAAAGUGCAAGAAGAUCGACUCCAAGAAGAAGAAACUCCUGAGGACUCACGCAAAGGAGAGAAGCCGUGUCCUGGAUUCUGCACAGACGCACAGCGACCUACAGGAAUUUGUAAAGGUCAUUAUCUCUCUUUUAGUUCCUUGUCAUGUGUCCAGUGCCACAACAAUAGUAGUAGUAACGGUACUGCUAAACUACUUCUCUAUUCACUCACUUCACUAUAAAGUCUACUUCGGAUAAGUACAAACUCUGUGGAUUAUUGUUUUCGAGUUCCAUUACAUUACAUUGUUAAUUGCUCCUUGUAACUGUAUGCUCCGGUUUAACAGUUCAAUUCUCUUCUCCAGGUGUAUCAGGAGCUGCUUCUGAAACAGAGGAAGCAGAGCAGUGACUUGGAACUGCAGCAGGAUGGGAGAGUGGCAGAGGCAGUGUGUGAUCUUUGGAGGGUAGGUCGUAAUUACGGCAUUUCACCAAAAACUUUAUGGACCAAAUAAUGAUGAUCCACACUUCUUUGACAAUAUAUAUAAUACAGUAUCAACCCUGCAAGCAAUACAAUACUCUAUUAUUAUGGUGGGAGAUUAUAAUACUGUAUUAAAUCACACUACAAGCUAUCACCCUCAUGCUCUUGAGGAAAUCGUGAAUGUCAUGGAUACAUUAGAACUAGUAGAUAUAUGGAGGCUUAAAUAUCCUGACCUAGUGAGAUAUACAUGGCGAAGACUCAAUCAAGCUAGUCGUCUUGACUUCUUUCUUAUGUCAUUGUCGUUGGAAUCAAAAGUUUAAAAAGUGUUGAUAGGGGACAGAAUGCGGUCAGAACAUCAUAUAAUUGGCAUAUACAUUACUCUUACUGAAUUUACACGUGGGCGAGGAUAUUGGAAAUUUAAUCAAAGCCUAUUAGAUGUUAACUUGUUUUUAACUAGGACAGAGGAAUUUAUAACUGAUUUCUUCCAACAUAACAUAGGUACAGCAAAUCCCCUUAUUGUAUGGGACACUUUUAAAUGUGCCUUUAGAGGCCAUGCAAUUCAGUACUCAUCUCAAAAAAACAAAAGCAAUUUAGGUCAAAAGAGUCCAUACCAACAAAGGAAAUAGAAGGUCUAACAGAACAGAUAGAUAGCAAUAAAAACUGUAACAUAGAGGCUCAGAAUAAAUUAGAGGAAAAACAAAAAGGAAUGGAGAAACUUAUUCAAGAAAGAUCAAGUGUAAUAUAUUAUAACAAAUAAAUAGAAUGGAAUAUGGGAAAAAUGCACCAAAUUAUUUUUUUAUCUUCAACAUAGAAAUGCUAUCAAAAAUUAUUUACUGAAACUAGUUACAAAUGACGGAGUCAACCAUGAUUCACCAAAUUAUAUUUGGAAGGAGGAAGCGAAGUACUUUAAGGAUAUGUUUUCGUUUCAGUCGCUUCCAUCUCCUCUAACUGAAGCUAAUUGUAGAGAUUUUUUUUCUAUUGAUAAUGUAAAAUUAACAGCCAUACAAAAAGACUCAUGUGAAGGUGAAAUUACAGAGGAGGAACUUCUGGAUGCAAUAAAAAACUUUAAGUCCAGGAAAACUCCAGGGUUGGAUGUCAUACCAAUCGAGGUAUACCAAACCUUUUUUGAAAUACUCAGAGAACUGUUAUUAGCAUGUUUUAACCACUCCUAUGUAAAUGGUAGAUUAUCAGACACUCAAGAAGAAGGUCUGAUUUCAUUAUUACUGAAACAGGAUACAAGUGGAAAAUAUAAAGAUCCAGUCCAUUUAAAAAUUGGAGGCCCUUUACACUUCAGUGUUAUGAUGCAAAAACUUUUGCAAAAUGUGUAGUGCAUAGAAUUAAAAAGGUAUUGUCUGACAUUAUUCAUUCUAAUCAGACAGGUGUUUUACAUGGACGAUACAUUGGAGAUAAUAUAAGGCAAGUACUGGAAACAAUAGAACACUAUGAAAAAUCUGGGAAACUAGGCCUGCUAUUCAUAGCAGACUUUGAAAAGGUAUUUGAUAAAGUACGACUGGAGUUUAUAUAUAAAUGCCUGGAGCGUUUCAAUUUUGGAGAAUCUCUUAUAAAAUGGGUUAAAAUCAUGUAUAGUAACCCUAGGUGUAAAAUAGUAAAAAUGGCUAUUUCUCUGAAAGUUUUAAACCGUCAAGAGGAGUGAAACAAGGUUGUCCACUAUCGGCAUAUCUAUUUAUUAUGGCCAUCGAAAUGUUUGUGUCACGAUCGUUACAUGAUGAAGCGGACCAAGGCGCAGCGUGAUAGGCGUACAUACUUUAUUUAGUGUACACAACACGAACCAAAACAACAAACCAAACGAUACGUGAAGUCCUAGGUCAUAACACAAACCUUUCGGAUCAAGAUCCCACAAAUAACUAGUGCCAACAGGCUGCCUAAGUAUGGUUCCCAAUCAGAUAUAAAUGAUCUAGAACAAAACAUAGAAAACUAUAACAUAGAACCUACACACCCUGGCUCAACAUUAAAGAGUCCCCAGAGCCAGGGCGUGACAGUACCCCCCCCCCCCCCCCCCCCCCCCCCCAAAGGCGCGGACUGCAACCGUGCCACACAAACACAAGAGGGUAGGGGCCGGGUGGGCAUUCCGCCUCGGAGGCGGAUCCGGCUCCUGGCGUGACCACCACCCUUUCUCCACCUCCCCGUUGCGCCCCUGGUCUGGUCUGGCUCCGCUGGCCAGAGCUGGACUGGACACCGGUGGAGCGGAUUGCUCUGGCUCCGGUGUGGAGCAGCUGACCGGUGCCGGACCAGGCACCGGUGGAACAGGCACGGACCGUGCCGGACUGACGACGCGCACCACUGGCUUGGUGCGGGGAGCAGGAACGGGCCGGACCGUGCUGACGACGCGCACCACUGGCUUGGUGCGGGGAGCAGGAACGGGCCGGACCGUGCUGACGACGCGCACCACUGGCUUGGUGCGGGGAGCAGGAACGGGCCGGACCGGGCUGACGACGCGCACCACUGGCUUGGUGCGGGGAGCAGGAACAGGCCGGACCGGGCUGGCGACGCGCACUACUGGCUUGGUGCGGGGAGCAGGAACGGGCCGGACCGGGCUGGCGACGCGCAUCACAGGCUUGGUGCGAGGGACAGGAACAGGCCGGGCUGGACUGUGGAGGCGGACUGGAGGUCUGGAGCGGAGAGCUGACACAACCCGUCCUGGCUGAAUGCCUAUCUCCACACAAUAUGUGUGAGGCAUCAGCACAGGACGCACAGGGCUGUGCACUCGUACUGACGCUACAGCACGUGGCACUGGCGCAGGAUAUCCGGGACCGAGGAGGGGUACUGGAGGCCACGAGCGUUGAGCCGGCACACUCCGUCCUGGCUGCAUGCCCACCUUAGCACGACACGUGCGUGGUGCUAGCAUAGGACGUACAGGACUGUGCCGGAACACUCGCGGCACAGUACGUGGCUCCGCAUAACACGGAGCCUGCCCAGUCUCACGCUCCCUAGCCUGAGUAUGGGGAGUUGGCUCUGUUCUACCUCUAGGCUCCGCCAACCACCCUUCCAGCCCCCCAAACCUGGUGGCCUCCUCUCCUAGUCCGCCGAUUCGCCCUGUAGCUGCCGACGACGGCGUGUCCGUCGUCGGCAUGGUUGGCGCCGUUUCUCCUCUCCUGCCUGGGCAUUAACUUUUGCCCAUGGCCCUCUGCCCGCGAAUAUGUCCUCCCAAGACCACCAUUGGCCCACCUGCGACAUCGCAAUCUUCUCCUCCUGGGCACGCUGCUUGGUCCUCCUUUGGUGGGAUCUUCUGUCACGAUCGUUACAUGAUGAAGCGGACCAAGGCGCAGCGUGAUAGGCGUACAUACUUUAUUUAGUGUACACAACACGAACCAAAACAUAGAACCUACACACCCUGGCUCAACAUUAAAGAGUCCCCAGAGCCAGGGCGUGACAGUUUGCUAUUAAAAUCAGAUCCAACAAUAAUAUAAAGGAAUUAGAAAUCCAGGGCUUAAAAACAAAGGUGUUAUUGUACGCUGAUGAUUUAUGUUCUUUUAAAUCCACAACUUGAAUCCCUCCACAGCCUCAUAGAGGAUCUAGAUACAUUUCUAACCUCUCUGGAUUACAACCAAAUUACAGUGAGGGAAAAAAGUAUUUGAUCCCCUGUUGAUUUUGUAAGUUUGCCCACUGACAAAGAAAUGGUCAGUCUAUAAUUUUAAUGGUAGGUUUAUUUGAACAGUGAGAGACAGAAUAACAACAAAGAAAUCCAGAAAAAUGCAUGUCAAAAAUGUUAUAAAUUGAUUUGCUUUUUAAUGAGGGAAAUAAGUAUUUGACCCCCUCUCAAUCAGAAAGAUUUCUGGCUCCCAGGUGUCUUUUAUACAGGUAACGAGCUGAGAUUAGGAGCACACUCUUAAAGGGAGUGCUCCUAAUCUCAGCUUGUUACCUGUAUAAAAGACACCUGUCCACAGAAGCAAUCAAUCAAUCAAUCAGAUUCCAAACUCUCCACCAUGGCCAAGACCAAAGAGCUCUCCAAGGAUGUCAGGGACAAGAUUGUAGACCUACACAAGGCUGGAAUGAGCUACAAGACCAUCGCUAAGCAGCUUGGUGAGAAGGUGACAACAGUUGGUGCGAUUAUUCGCAAAUGGAAGAAACAUAAAAGAACUGUCAAUCUCCCUCGGCCUGGGGCCCAUGCAAGAUCUCACCUCGUGGAGUUGCAAUGAUCAUGAGAAUGGUGAGGAAUCAGCCCAGAACUACACGGGAGGAUCUUGUCAAUGAUCGCAAGGCAGCUGGGACCAUAGUCACCAAGAAAACAAUUGGUAACACACUUUGCCGUAAAGGACUGAAAUCCUGCAGCGCCCGCAAGGUCCCCCUGCUCAAGAAAGCACAUAUACAUGCCUGUCUGAAGUUUGCCAAUGAACAUCUGAAUGAUUCAGAGGAGAACUGGGUGAAAGUGUUGUGGUCAGAUGAGACCAAAAUGGAGCUCUUUGGCAUCAACUCAACUCGCCGUGUUUGGAGGAGGAGGAAUGCUGCCUAUGACCCCAAGAACACCAUCCCCACCGUCAAACAUGGAGGUGGAAACAUUAUGCUUUGGGGGUGUUUUUCUGCUAAGGGGACAGGACAACUUCACCGCAUCAAAGGGACGAUGGACGGGGCCAUGUACCGUCAAAUCUUGGGUGAGAACCUCCUUCCCUCACCCAGGGCAUUGAAAAUGGGUCGUGGAUGGGUAUUACAGCAUGACAAUGACCCAAAACACACGGCCAAGGCAACAAAGGAGUGGCUCAAGAAGAAGCACAUUAAGUUCCUGGAGUCUCCAGACCUUAAUCCCAUUGAAAAUCUGUGGAGGGAGCUGAAGGUUCGAGUUGCCAAACAUCAGCCUCGAAACCUUAAUGACUUGGAGAAGAUCUGCAAAGAGGAGUGGGACAAAAUCCCUCAUGAGAUGUGUGCAAGCCUGGUGGCUAACUACAAGAAACGUCUGACCUCUGUGGUUGCCAACAAGGGUUUUGCCGCCAAGUACUAAGUCAUGUUUUGCAGAGGGGUCAAAUACUUAUUUCCCUCAUUAAAAUGCAAAUCAAUUUAUAACAUUUUUGACAUGUCUACACUGUAUUUCUGAUCAAUUUGAUGUUAUCAAAUUGCUUUCUUUCGAAAACAAGGACAUUUCUAAGUGACCCCAAACUUUUGAAUGGUAGUGUAUACAGUGGGGAGAACAAGUAUUUGAUACACUGCCGAUUUUGCAGGUUUUCCUACUUACAAAGCAUGUAGAGGUCUGUCAUUUUUAUCAUAGGUACACUUCAACUGUGAGAGACGGAAUCUAAAACAAAAAUCCAGAAAAUCACAUUGUAUGAUUUUUUAAUAAUUAAUUUGCUUUUUAUUGCAUGACAUAAGUAUUUGAUACAUCAGAAAAGCAGAACUUAAAAUUUGGUACAGAAACCUUUGUUUGCAAUUACAGAGAUCAUACGUUUCCUGUAGGUCUUGACCAGAUUUGCACACACUGCAGCAGGGCCCACUCCUCCAUACAGACCUUCUCCAGAUCCUUCAGGUUUCGGGGCUGUCGCUGGGCAAUACGGACUUUCAGCUCCCUCCAAAGAUGUUCUAUUGGGUUCAGGUCUGGAGACUGGCUAGGCCACUCCAGGACCUUGAGAUGCUUCUUACGGAGACACUCCUUAGUUGCCCUGGCUGUGUGUUUCGGGUCUUUUGUCAUGCAGGAAGACCCAGCCACGACCCAUCUUCAAUGCUCUUACUGAGGGAAGGAGGUUGUUGGCCAAGAUCUCACGAUACAAGGCCCCAUCCAUCCUCCCCUCAAUACGGUGCAGUCGUCCUGUCCCCUUUGCAGAAAAGCAUCCCCAAAGAAUGAUGUUUCCACCUCCAUGCUUCACGGUUGGGAUGGUGUUCUUGGGGUUGUACUCAUCCUUCUUCUUCCUCCAAACACAGCGAGUGGAGUUUAGACCAAAAAGCUAUAUUUUUGUCUCAUCAGACCACAUGACCUUCUCCCAUUCCUCCUCUGGAUCAUCCAGAUGGUCAUUGGCAAACUUCAGACGGGCCUGGACAUGCGCUGGCUUGAGCAGGGGGACCUUGCGUGCACUGCAGGAUUUUAAUCCAUGACGGCGUAGUGUGUUACUAAUGGUUUUCUUUGAGACUGUGGUCCCAGCUCUCUUCAGGUCAUUGACCAGGUCCUGCCGUGUAGUUCUGGGCUGAUCCUUCACCUUCCUCAUGAUCAUUGAUGCCCCACGAGGUGAGAUCUUGCAUGGAGCCCCAGACCGAGGGUGAUUGACCAUUAUCUUGAACUUCUUCCAUUUUCUAAUAAUUGCGCCAACAGUUGUUGCCUUCUCACCAAGCUGCUUGCCUAUUGUCCUGUAGCCCAUCCCAGCCUUGUGCAGGUCUACAAUUUUAUCCCUGAUGUCCUUACACAGCUCUCUGGUCUUGGCCAUUGUGGAGAGGUUGGAGUCUGUUUGAUUGAGUGUGUGGACAGGUGUCUUUUAUACAGGUAACGAGUUCAAACAGGUGCAGUUAAUACAGGUAAUGAGUGGAGAACAGGAGGGCUUCUUAAAGAAAAACGAAUAGGUCUGUGAGAGCCGGAAUUCUUACUGGUUGGUAGGUGAUCAAAUACUUAUGUCAUGCAAUAACAUGCAAAUUAAUUACUUAAAAAUCAUACAAUGUGAUUUUCUGGAUUUUAUCUGAGUUUCUCACAGUAGAAGUGUACCUCUGAUAAAAAUUACAGACCUCUACAUGCUUUGUAAGUAGGAAAACCUGCAAAAUCGGCAGUGUAUCAAAUACUUGUUCUCCCCACUGUAUAUAUAUUUGCAAGAAAAAAACAUAUGGGGGAUUGGAAGUGAUGCAGACAAUUACAUGGAUGGAAGUUACAAUCUAUCUGCAAUAUUAAAGCUGAUAUACCCCCUAAAGAAAAAAAAAUAAUCAUAAUCUGUGUAGUGCUAAUUCAACUUAUUUCUAAUGGAAAAUAACCCAUGCUUUUGUAUCUCCAGAGGCAUCAUGCCACCUGGUCCAAGAAGCUGGGAGAGCUGGCCAAAGACAUCUUCCUAUCUGCUCUCCCUGCUCAGCCCCAGUUGUCCACAGACCAAGGCCAGAGGCUAUGGCUGGAUCUAGAUGGUGACCUGGUUGCACUGCUGCAGCAGGCAGAGUCCAAUACCAAACGGCAACUGGAGGGUGUACAUGCUCAAUUGGAGCAAGAUGGACAGGUACUGCUGGACCCAGAAAUGUAAUGAAUAGAGCUGACUCGAUUCCCUAUUCUACAUGACAGACAUCAUAUCUGUUCUACUCAAUGCAUCUCUAUCUGGACCUUAUGUAACGUUGCACUCUUCUGGACAGGCGCCAGGUUACACUCCUGGGUCAUAUUCGUUAGGCACUAAAUGGAAGAAAACGUAAUGAAAUGGGGAGGUACUACUACUAGAUCUGGUCCAGUUACAACAGCUUGUUUUUGCUUUCCGCUUUAAAAUGUUUUGCUAUUGUGUGCCCUAAUGAAUAUGCCCGUUUUUAAUAUUGUAUUUCUGUAUGUUUGUCUCUAGGUAUGGUGUGAAGAAGCAGCCCUGGUGCUGGCCUGCCUCAGACACCUAGGUGAACAGCAGCUGAAGAUCCUUAGAGGCAUGGUGGUCAGACAGAGCUAUGUGCUUAACAGGUGAAGCAGGGGGACCUCUGGUGGGUGGAAAUGCAUUUAAAACAAUUCAGUAUUUAAAUAUGAUCUGAAAUCUAUUUGAUUUUCAAUCGUAAACAUUUUAUACACUCUAGCACAUCUGACAAGCAAAAGCAUGGUUUAAAGUAGCAAAUUGGUGCUGGUACUAAAUCAUGCCUGGUACUGGAAAAAUAGAAUGUGCAGGCUUUUGUUCCAGCCCAGAACUAACACACCUGACUCAACUGUGGUCCUCUGUAGCUCAGCUGGUAGAGCACAGCGCUUGUAACGCCAAGGUAGUGGGUUCGAUCCCCGGGACCACCAAUACACAAAAAUGUAUGCACGCAUGACUGUAAGUCGCUUUGGAUAAAAGCGUCUGCUAAAUGGCAUAUUAUUAUUAUUAUUAUCAACCAAUGACCAAUCCCUAUUCUAUCCCAGCCAUGUGGGGAUGUUGAUUGAGAAGAAACAGCACCUCCUGCUGGUGGCGGUGCAGAGGCACUUUGUGGCCAGACACUUCUGUCUGAGGGUCUUGAAGGAGAUGAGGUUGUCCAAGCUCAAGGUGCUGUCUCAGAGUGACUUCAGGGCCCUGCUGUCUCUAGAGGACCACACCCAGACCACAGUCAGACCAAUGCUCCCCAAAGCCCAGCAUCAGGUCCAGUCACACAUUCACUAACAUUACAUUAUAAUACAUUCUACAAAGUGAGAAGAUGAUGGCUUGUUUUGACUAGUGUUUCUCAAUGCAUUCCUGGAGAGGGAUGCACAUAUUUGUUCCAGCCCAGUGCAAACACACCUGAUUCAACUGAUCAACUAAUCACCAAACCCUUGAUUAGUUGAAUCAAGUGUGUUUGUGCAGGGCUAGAACAAAAAAGUGCACACUGUGAUUCCCCCUAGGAAUGAAUUGAGAAACUGCUUUAGAGGCAUACAGUAUAGAGACCCCUACCUGUCCUUCUUGCUCCAUCUACAGCUCUUUUUUAGACUAUCAAUAUGUCACUGUCACCUUGUCACUGUGGUCUGUCAAUCACCUCCCUCUGUGUCUUGGACUCCCCACAGGAAUCCAGUGCCAGUGUUGCCGAGAGGCACCUGGGUCCGGAGACGCAGCUGAUUGGCCACAGCUUCCAGCAGGAGUUCCUGUCGGAGCUGGAGACCGGGGCGGAGCUCCUGCAGGCCAACGCCCAGCAGCUGGUGGGCCACGCCCUCAGCCAGAGCCUCUGGCAGCAGAUGGACCAGGCCCCUCCCGCUAGGCCCCAGCCUGACCGCGGAAGGAAGGUACUAGAGCAUCUGGCCUCACCCAUGAACAACCUCUAGGCCCUACCCCCUAGGACAGACAUGGGCAAACUAGGGCCCAUGUGACAAUUUUAGAUUAAAGUUUUAAGUUAACGACUAAAACCAAGUAUAAAUGAUGAUGGACCUAGGCCAGUGGAGUCGGCUGAGGGGAGGACAGCUCAUAGUAAUGGCUGGAAUGGAGUGAAUGGAAUGGUGUCAACCACAUGAAAACCAUGUUUGAUACCAUUCCAUUGACUCCAUUCCAGAGAUUAUUAUGAGCCGUCCUCCCCUCAGCAGCCUCCACUGACCUAGGCCUAUGUAUUAUUUUUAAAUAGCCCCCCCCCCCACCCCCCACUCAUUUUUAAUCUAUUUUCUAUCUAUUCUAAUUGUUAUUUCUUUGCGUAUGAGUAGAGUCAGUUGACGGAGGUAGCGUCGGAGAGUGUGUACGUGACCCGGGAUUCCCUCAGUGCUCUGGUCACCAGCUACUACUCUCAGAUCCAGGACAUCACCAAGGGCCUUCAGCAGCAACACCCUAACAGGGCCAAAGGUGAAAUGAACAGGUGGACGUGCAUACAUAAGACAUUUUGGUCGGUUAGGGCUCAUUCUGUAGGAAAACUACAGAUACUAUGAAUUUGUGAAGGGCCUUACAAUCUGUUCACAGAAAAACUACACUAGAAAGUCCUUUCAUUGGUUCUACCGGCAGAAUCAUGGGCUGUGUAUGUGCAAUGUUGCAAUUCAUUGGUGUAUUGUUUUUUGCAGUGAGCUGUGUGCUAACUCAAACUUUCACAUAAUCUUCAUUUGAUUGAAUUGGGGGCCUAAGUUAAUGCAACUAUCACUGUGUUGUUGUGUCUGUCCCCUCCCCAGAGGAGUGUGAACGACGAGAGAGCAGCUCUCAGAUGAACAAGGCCCUGCUAAAGGAGCUGGCCAACUGGGGGAGGAAGCCCAUGUCCACCGAGUUUCAUCAGAGGUACUGUUUACUUUCUCUACUAACUAAUUGACUGUUAUUUAUACUAUACAUUUUAUUCCCUGCCAUUCUCUCCUAUGACUUGGCAUGGCAACUAAUGAACACGGCAUAAAGUUGUCUAAAGCAAAUUCUGUAUGUACAAACCUGGGUUCAAAUUGAGCGUUUGAUUGAGCCUGCCUGGAGUGCCAGAUGGAUGGGUUUUGCACUUUUGUGACUAUUUCAUUGGUUUUGUUGAGCCAGGCAGGCUCAAUCAAGUGCUGCUAAAGUAUGAAAGAAAACAAAUACUAUAUGAACCCAUGUCUAAUAUUGUAACACUAUUAUACAGAGAAGGGCUCACUCUUUUUCAUUAUACACUACCCACCAUGCUAAUAGGGUUGAACUGCAGAAGAAAAGGAUGUUGGAACAGUAUGAAUUGGAGCAGGAGGUUGCAUGUGAGACUCUGAGGAGAAGGAAGUUAGCCCAGGAACAAACCAUGGAGCGAAUCAAAGGACAGUUACAGGUAACAACCACCUUGUAAAUGCUAAAUCACAAUGGUUCAUCAUUAUGGUAAUUUUGACGUGAACGCAAAGAAUAGUUCCGUUUUAACUUCCAUUAAUCCAUGGGAGAGUUGGCAAACAUUUCUUUAGUCUUCUUAUGUGUAAAUAAUAUUACAUAAUCUGUUCAGCUAAAAUAAGUAAAUACAUGGAUAAUGUCUGUUGUUCAUGAUUUAUAUAUUAAAGAUUGUUUUAAUAAAUAUUUUAUCAAAUUAAAAUACACGUUUUAUUAAUUUGGUAUAUUGUAUUUCUGUGUUUGCUCCAUCAGGAGGCAGAAGAGGCCUUCAUAGCUAAACUGUCUGCCUUAGCUCGGAUCCCACUAUCCUGCAAAGAGCUCAACACUGAGGAUGACAUCAUAGGUAAGGAUUUUCAAGGGCUGCAUCUGAAAUGGCACACUAGCAGUAUUAGUAGUAAUAGUACUAGUGACCAGGGCUUUGAAAUCACACCCUUUUCCCUUUAUUAUGCAUCUGAAAUGGCACACUAGCAGUAUUAGUAGUAAUAGUACUAGUGACCAGGGCUUUGAAAUCACACCCUUUUCCCUGUAUUAUGCAUCUGAAAUGGCACACUAGCAGUAUUAGUAGUAAUAGUACUAGUGACCAGGGCUUUGAAAUCACACCCUUUUCCCUGUAUUAUGCAUCUGAAAUGGCACACUAGCAGUAUUAGUAGUAAUAGUACUAGUGACCAGGGCUUUGAAAUCACACCCUUUUCCCUGUAUUAUGCAUCUGAAAUGGCACACUAGCAGUAUUAGUAGUAAUAGUACUAGUGACCAGGGCUUUGAAAUCACACCCUUUUCCCUGUAUUAUGCAUCUGAAAUGGCACACUAGCAGUAUUAGUAGUAAUAGUACUAGUGACCAGGGCUUUGAAAUCACACCCUUUUCCCUGUAUUAUGCAUCUGAAAUGGCACACUAGCAGUAUUAGUAGUAAUAGUACUAGUGACCAGGGCUUUGAAAUCACACCCUUUUCCCUGUAUUAUGCAUCUGAAAUGGCACACUAGCAGUAUUAGUAGUAAUAGUACUAGUGACCAGGGCUUUGAAAUCACACCCUUUUCCCUGUAUUAUGCAUCUGAAAUGGCACACUAGCAGUAUUAGUAGUAAUAGUACUAGUGACCAGGGCUUUGAAAUCACACCCUUUUCCCUAUAUUAUGCAUCUGAAAUGGCACACUAGCAGUAUUAGUAGUAAUAGUACUAGUGACCAGGGCUUUGAAAUCACACCCUUUUCCCUGUAUUAUGCAUCUGAAAUGGCACACUAGCAGUAUUAGUAGUAAUAGUACUAGUGACCAGGGCUUUGAAAUCACACCCUUUUCCCUGUAUUAUGCAUCUGAAAUGGCACACUAGCAGUAUUAGUAGUAAUAGUACUAGUGACCAGGGCUUUGAAAUCACACCCUUUUCCCUGUAUUAUGCAUCUGAAAUGGCACACUAGCAGUAUUAGUAGUAAUAGUACUAGUGACCAGGGCUUUGAAAUCACACCCUUUUCCCUGUAUUAUGCAUCUGAAAUGGCACACUAGCAGUAUUAGUAGUAAUAGUACUAGUGACCAGGGCUUUGAAAUCACACCCUUUUCCCUGUAUUAUGCAUCUGAAAUGGCACACUAGCAGUAUUAGUAGUAAUAGUACUAGUGACCAGGGCUUUGAAAUCACACCCUUUUCCCUGUAUUAUGCAUCUGAAAUGGCACACUAGCAGUAUUAGUAGUAAUAGUACUAGUGACCAGGGCUUUGAAAUCACACCCUUUUCCCUGUAUUAUGCAUCUGAAAUGGCACACUAGCAGUAUUAGUAGUAAUAGUACUAGUGACCAGGGCUUUGAAAUCACACCCUUUUCCCUGUAUUAUGCAUCUGAAAUGGCACACUAGCAGUAUUAGUAGUAAUAGUACUAGUGACCAGGGCUUUGAAAUCACACCCUUUUCCCUGUAUUAUGCAUCUGAAAUGGCACACUAGCAGUAUUAGUAGUAAUAGUACUAGUGACCAGGGCUUUGAAAUCACACCCUUUUCCCUGUAUUAUGCAUCUGAAAUGGCACACUAGCAGUAUUAGUAGUAAUAGUACUAGUGACCAGGGCUUUGAAAUCACACCCUUUUCCCUGUAUUAUGCAUCUGAAAUGGCACACUAGCAGUAUUAGUAGUAAUAGUACUAGUGACCAGGGCUUUGAAAUCACACCCUUUUCCCUGUAUUAUGCAUCUGAAAUGGCACACUAGCAGUAUUAGUAGUAAUAGUACUAGUGACCAGGGCUUUGAAAUCACACCCUUUUCCCUGUAUUAUGCAUCUGAAAUGGCACACUAGCAGUAUUAGUAGUAAUAGUACUAGUGACCAGGGCUUUGAAAUCACACCCUUUUCCCUGUAUUAUGCAUCUGAAAUGGCACACUAGCAGUAUUAGUAGUAAUAGUACUAGUGACCAGGGCUUUGAAAUCACACCCUUUUCCCUGUAUUAUGCAUCUGAAAUGGCACACUAGCAGUAUUAGUAGUAAUAGUACUAGUGACCAGGGCUUUGAAAUCACACCCUUUUCCCUGUAUUAUGCAUCUGAAAUGGCACACUAGCAGUAUUAGUAGUAAUAGUACUAGUGACCAGGGCUUUGAAAUCACACCCUUUUCCCUGUAUUAUGCAUCUGAAAUGGCACACUAGCAGUAUUAGUAGUAAUAGUACUAGUGACCAGGGCUUUGAAAUCACACCCUUUUCCCUGUAUUAUGCAUCUGAAAUGGCACACUAGCAGUAUUAGUAGUAAUAGUACUAGUGACCAGGGCUUUGAAAUCACACCCUUUUCCCUGUAUUAUGCAUCUGAAAUGGCACACUAGCAGUAUUAGUAGUAAUAGUACUAGUGACCAGGGCUUUGAAAUCACACCCUUUUCCCUGUAUUAUGCAUCUGAAAUGGCACACUAGCAGUAUUAGUAGUAAUAGUACUAGUGACCAGGGCUUUGAAAUCACACCCUUUUCCCUGUAUUAUGCAUCUGAAAUGGCACACUAGCAGUAUUAGUAGUAAUAGUACUAGUGACCAGGGCUUUGAAAUCACACCCUUUUCCCUGUAUUAUGCAUCUGAAAUGGCACACUAGCAGUAUUAGUAGUAAUAGUACUAGUGACCAGGGCUUUGAAAUCACACCCUUUUCCCUGUAUUAUGCAUCUGAAAUGGCACACUAGCAGUAUUAGUAGUAAUAGUACUAGUGACCAGGGCUUUGAAAUCACACCCUUUUCCCUGUAUUAUGCAUCUGAAAUGGCACACUAGCAGUAUUAGUAGUAAUAGUACUAGUGACCAGGGCUUUGAAAUCACACCCUUUUCCCUGUAUUAUGCAUCUGAAAUGGCACACUAGCAGUAUUAGUAGUAAUAGUACUAGUGACCAGGGCUUUGAAAUCACACCCUUUUCCCUGUAUUAUGCAUCUGAAAUGGCACACUAGCAGUAUUAGUAGUAAUAGUACUAGUGACCAGGGCUUUGAAAUCACACCCUUUUCCCUGUAUUAUGCAUCUGAAAUGGCACACUAGCAGUAUUAGUAGUAAUAGUACUAGUGACCAGGGCUUUGAAAUCACACCCUUUUCCCUGUAUUAUGCAUCUGAAAUGGCACACUAGCAGUAUUAGUAGUAAUAGUACUAGUGACCAGGGCUUUGAAAUCACACCCUUUUCCCUGUAUUAUGCAUCUGAAAUGGCACACUAGCAGUAUUAGUAGUAAUAGUACUAGUGACCAGGGCUUUGAAAUCACACCCUUUUCCCUGUAUUAUGCAUCUGAAAUGGCACACUAGCAGUAUUAGUAGUAAUAGUACUAGUGACCAGGGCUUUGAAAUCACACCCUUUUCCCUGUAUUAUGCAUCUGAAAUGGCACACUAGCAGUAUUAGUAGUAAUAGUACUAGUGACCAGGGCUUUGAAAUCACACCCUUUUCCCUGUAUUAUGCAUCUGAAAUGGCACACUAGCAGUAUUAGUAGUAAUAGUACUAGUGACCAGGGCUUUGAAAUCACACCCUUUUCCCUGUAUUAUGCAUCUGAAAUGGCACACUAGCAGUAUUAGUAGUAAUAGUACUAGUGACCAGGGCUUUGAAAUCACACCCUUUUCCCUGUAUUAUGCAUCUGAAAUGGCACACUAGCAGUAUUAGUAGUAAUAGUACUAGUGACCAGGGCUUUGAAAUCACACCCUUUUCCCUGUAUUAUGCAUCUGAAAUGGCACACUAGCAGUAUUAGUAGUAAUAGUACUAGUGACCAGGGCUUUGAAAUCACACCCUUUUCCCUGUAUUAUGCAUCUGAAAUGGCACACUAGCAGUAUUAGUAGUAAUAGUACUAGUGACCAGGGCUUUGAAAUCACACCCUUUUCCCUGUAUUAUGCAUCUGAAAUGGCACACUAGCAGUAUUAGUAGUAAUAGUACUAGUGACCAGGGCUUUGAAAUCACACCCUUUUCCCUGUAUUAUGCAUCUGAAAUGGCACACUAGCAGUAUUAGUAGUAAUAGUACUAGUGACCAGGGCUUUGAAAUCACACCCUUUUCCCUGUAUUAUGCAUCUGAAAUGGCACACUAGCAGUAUUAGUAGUAAUAGUACUAGUGACCAGGGCUUUGAAAUCACACCCUUUUCCCUGUAUUAUGCAUCUGAAAUGGCACACUAGCAGUAUUAGUAGUAAUAGUACUAGUGACCAGGGCUUUGAAAUCACACCCUUUUCCCUGUAUUAUGCAUCUGAAAUGGCACACUAGCAGUAUUAGUAGUAAUAGUACUAGUGACCAGGGCUUUGAAAUCACACCCUUUACCCUGUAUUAUGCAUCUGAAAUGGCACACUAGCAGUAUUAGUAGUAAUAGUACUAGUGACCAGGGCUUUGAAAUCACACCCUUUUCCCUGUAUUAUGCAUCUGAAAUGGCACACUAGCAGUAUUAGUAGUAAUAGUACUAGUGACCAGGGCUUUGAAAUCACACCCUUUUCCCUGUAUUAUGCAUCUGAAAUGGCACACUAGCAGUAUUAGUAGUAAUAGUACUAGUGACCAGGGCUUUGAAAUCACACCCUUUUCCCUGUAUUAUGCAUCUGAAAUGGCACACUAGCAGUAUUAGUAGUAAUAGUACUAGUGACCAGGGCUUUGAAAUCACACCCUUUUCCCUGUAUUAUGCAUCUGAAAUGGCACACUAGCAGUAUUAGUAGUAAUAGUACUAGUGACCAGGGCUUUGAAAUCACACCCUUUUCCCUGUAUUAUGCAUCUGAAAUGGCACACUAGCAGUAUUAGUAGUAAUAGUACUAGUGACCAGGGCUUUGAAAUCACACCCUUUUCCCUGUAUUAUGCAUCUGAAAUGGCACACUAGCAGUAUUAGUAGUAAUAGUACUAGUGACCAGGGCUUUGAAAUCACACCCUUUUCCCUGUAUUAUGCAUCUGAAAUGGCACACUAGCAGUAUUAGUAGUAAUAGUACUAGUGACCAGGGCUUUGAAAUCACACCCUUUUCCCUGUAUUAUGCAUCUGAAAUGGCACACUAGCAGUAUUAGUAGUAAUAGUACUAGUGACCAGGGCUUUGAAAUCACACCCUUUUCCCUGUAUUAUGCAUCUGAAAUGGCACACUAGCAGUAUUAGUAGUAAUAGUACUAGUGACCAGGGCUUUGAAAUCACACCCUUUUCCCUGUAUUAUGCAUUACUUUUGACCAGAGCCAAAGUAGUGCAAUAUAUUGGGAAUAGGGUACCAUUUCGGACGCGUACUUGGUAUACAGCACACUAUAUUUGCUACUGAAAAUAGAAGCUAUCACACAGUUUUCUUGUUUAUUUUAUGAUUCUGGAUAUCCUACUGUAGUCUUCAAAUAAGAGUGUUUGCGAAUAUGAAUUGCAUUAUCAAUGUCACAUUUUUACAGGGGAGGAGAGUCCAACAUUGAAUCCAACAUUGUGGAAGAGGCGAGAGAGGCGGGAGCGUGAAACUCUGCUCACCAAUCCAACACUUUUAUUUUCAUGACAGGGAGUGUGCAAGUGUACACUUUAGGAGGCUAGAUAAUUGGAACACAACUAUGUUUAUUACCACCUGAUGGGGGGGGGGGGGGGUUGUACUGGGCAUUUUUGCUGUUUUCACAUGUAAUAUAACCCUUUU